AUGACUGAGAACGGUGGCAGCAAGAAUCAUCAACAAUCAUUUGAAAUCUCCGUUGACAUGAUUCCACAGGGAGGUUCCAAGUGCUAUGAUGACGAUGGACGCCUCAAACGAACUGGCACUGUGGGGACUGCAAGUGCUCACAUAAUAACCGCUGUUAUUGGUUCUGGGGUGUUGUCUUUGGCAUGGGCCAUAGCUCAGCUUGGUUGGGUAGCUGGCCCUUCUGUGAUGGUUCUCUUCUCUUUUGUCACCUACUAUGCCUCCACUCUUCUCUCUGCUUGUUACCGUUCUGGUGACCAAGUUGGUGGCAAGAGAAACUACACUUACAAGGAUGCUGUUAGAUCGUACCUUGGUGGUGUUGAGGUCAAGUUCUCCGGGUUUCUUCAGUAUGCAAAUCUUUUUGGAGUUGGAAUUGGGUACACUAUAGCAGCUUCUAUAAGCAUGAUGGCAAUUAAAAGGUCUAAUUGUUUUCAUAGUAGCGGAGGGAAAAAUCCAUGCCAUAUGCAUAGCAAUGUUUACAUGAUUUCUUUUGGUAUUGCGGAAAUUAUUUUCUCCCAAAUUCCAGACUUCCAUGAGUUAUGGUGGCUCUCUAUUGUAGCUGCUGUUAUGUCCUUCACGUACUCAACUAUUGGGCUUGGCCUUGGUAUUGGCAAAGUUAUAGAAAACAGAAGAGUUAAAGGAAGCCUAACUGGUAUAAGUGUUGGAACUGUGACACAAACCCAAAAGGUUUGGAGAAGCUUUCAAGCUCUUGGAAACAUAGCAUUUGCCUACUCCUACUCAAUGAUCCUUAUAGAAAUUCAGGAUACAAUUAAAGCCCCUCCAUCAGAGUCAAAAACAAUGAAGAAGGCUACUGUUAUCAGUGUUGUAGUGACAACCCUUUUCUACAUGCUUUGUGGUUGUUUUGGCUAUGCUGCUUUUGGAGACGCAAGCCCUGGAAACCUUCUCACUGGUUUUGGCUUCUAUAACCCAUUUUGGCUCCUUGACAUAGCCAACGCUGCAAUUGUAAUUCACCUUGUUGGUGCAUACCAAGUUUGCUGCCAACCCCUUUUCUCAUUUGUUGAAAAAGUAGCAGCAGAAAGAUACCCAAAUAGUGAUUUUGUGAACAAAGACAUUUUAGUGCCAAUCCCUGGUUUCAAACCCUUUAGACUCAACUUCUUCAGAUUGGUUUGGAGGACAAUUUUUGUGAUCAUAACCACUAUAAUAUCCAUGCUGCUACCAUUCUUCAAUGACAUUGUGGGGCUUAUUGGAGCUAUUGGAUUUUGGCCUCUUACUGUGUAUUUCCCUGUGGAGAUGUAUAUAGUACAAAAGAAAAUACCAAAGUGGAGCUUAAAGUGGAUAUGCCUACAAAUGCUUAGUGUUGCUUGCCUCAUAAUUACAAUAGCAGCUGCAGCAGGUUCUGUAGCUGGAGUUAUUGUUGAUCUUCAAACUUACAAGCCAUUCCAUAACAGCUACUAGUUGAGUUGGAUUAC